AUGAUCGCUACCGCCGCCAGUGGAGCCUUCAACGGCGCAGGUGCAGAUCAGGUGCGUGAGUGGGUGGACUUCGUCAUCAAUGUCGACGUCGACCCCGCCAAGAAGCACGAUCUCUUCCACUACGUGUCUGUCGCGCGGCUGCUGGCCGAGACGGGAGGCAGCAUCGCGCCAGCCGACUUCGAAGACCCUCACAUGCGGGACAUGAUCAAGGCGAGCAUUCCCGUUCACGCCACCCCGUAUGCCACCGAACAGGUGGCCCACAACAACAAAGAGCUUUCGGGCAUGGCUGAAGCAGUGAAGCAAUUUGCGGAACUUCAGUCGCAGGCGCUGCAGAAAGGGAAGCCGAAAGGACUCAGUUUCAAGUUGCAGGACCGGAAACUCGAGCUGGGCAUGCAGCAUUUCGCCAAGGAUGCACUCCCGUCAGAGGAGGUCCUCGCGAAGUUCGAGGCGGCGGGGAAGAUCGCGCACGACAAAGGCAGGCCGUGGGUCGGGUCCGCUGAGGGCGAGGAGCGGGUGAAGCAGAGCGCUGCCGCCAAGCGGAACAUGGCGUGGAUGGACAAAGUCGACUACGCUGGCUUUGCCACGUUCAUGGGCCACCUGCACGAGUGGGGGUUCAAGGUAAUCCUCACCAAGGCAUGCAGCAUGGCUGACUUCCUUGCUUACGCCCACAACAUCGUGCGAAUCGCCGAGGAACACGGUGGAGUCAGGACAGCUUAUCAAUACGAUGUUCUCCAGAGGAGGGCCAUGGCCAGGGCUCUGGAGGAAGACGUCGUAGAUUUGGCGCCUUACUUCGCCAAGAUCGAUCGUGAAAACCUAGCUGACGCAAAAGACAAAGUAAACAAAAGCUUCACGGAGGCUGGCCGGGCUGCGACAGCUAAGGGGCAGCAGUCGAAGGGUCAGCCCAAAGGCUGCGCCAAGGGCGUCGCCGACAAGGGCGGCAAGGGGAGCAAGAAGAGCUCCGACGGCACAGAGGCUGACAACCAGCCUGUCCGGUCGCCGGCCAAGCGCCCCAAGGGCACGGCGGGCACCGAUUAUCAGCACAGGUCUCGCAGCCCCCGCUCCGGCAAUCAGCAGUACCAGUUCGAGGUCAAGUGA